GAGAGAGAGCGAGGGGAGGGCAGCGCAGGGAGGGGCAGAGUGAGGUUGCAUGCUGGUGGUCAUGGCAGUUGGAGGUACUUCUUCCCUCUCUCCCUUCCUGAGAAAAUGAUCGAAGAAGACCAACGAUGAGGAGGAUUAGAUGCUUGCUUAUUCUGUGCUGUGAAGUGGAGGUGGUGCAGGCAGCAGAGAAGGAAGAGGUUGUGUGCGAGGGGGAGAUAGAGAGAGAAAUGCUUCCUUGCAAAGAAAGGUGGUUCAUUUCUUGGCUCCGCCGUUCUUGGACCUAUUCUUUUUCCUCCCGUCGUUCCCUUUGGUCGUCUUUCUUCUUUCUUGGGGUUUGGGAUGUUCGGGCGAAAAGAGGCUCGUUUGUUGGUUCUGCAUGUGGUGGUUUGAGGAGGUUUUGGUUCUUGUUGUGUCGUCCUUUUCGACUUUGGGUUGGACGAGCUUGGCUUCUUGAGAUCUCUUGGUUCUUAUGUUGGGGCGCAUGUGUUAGGGAUUGGGAUGUGAUCCCACGGUAGAAGCUUGAUGUAACAAUCCAAAACUGAUGCAGAAUUGAAGCAUCUUGUUAUUAAGAUAUUCUAACAAAGUUUAGAGGAUAUUUGGUCUAUUCGACAUCCAGUUGGUUAUAGAAUCAUCUGUCUUGGUGGAACUCAGGCAGCUCAACCACUCGAAGUUCCUCAUAUUCCCAGUUUAGAAAACCAUCUCUCUUGGUGUAGCUCAAGUAACCUGAAUAUGGACAUCAUGGCAGAAAAUGGUAAUCAGUUAAAGCAUCUAGGCCAUCAAAUGCACAACCAAAACUCACCGUCUACUCAGUCAACUGGUCAACCCCAUCAAGAAGUAUCAGAAACAAGCGAUUGCAACAACCACGAGCAACAUAUUUCAUCACAAUCUGGCGUAAAUAAUACGCCAAAAAAGCCAGUUGAAUGUCAUAUGAAGGCAGUUCUAUCACUAGGGGCUUCAGAAGCUACCUAUGCACCUCCAAAACUUGAUUGUAGCCAGCCUUUUGCUUGUAUAUCAUAUCCAUAUGCUGAUAUAUACUAUGGAGGCAUCCCGGCUGUUUAUGGACCACAUGCUAUAAUUCACCCCCAAAUGGCUGGAGUAGCAUCCUAUGCUCGAGUACCUUUGCCUACUGAACCUGCUGCUGAAGAACCCAUUUAUGUGAAUGCAAAACAAUACAGUGCAAUCCUCAGAAGGAGGCAAUUUCGUGCAAGGUUGGAGGCUCAAAACAAACUUAUGAAAUCUCGAAAGCCAUACCUUCACGAGUCUCGACAUCUUCACGCGAUGAAACGGGCAAGAGGAUCAGGGGGACGUUUCCUUAACACGAAACAGCAGCAGCAGCAGCAGGAGGAUGCUCCGCCUUCUGCCAUCAUGGUGUGCCAGGAUGCCCCGACUUCUAAAUACUUAUCCGGUGGUCAUCCUACUGGCUCGUCUGCCACAUUAACCACCUCCAACAUGAUGAUGGCUUCGACCAGCGGAAGCAGGACAGUGCAGCAGCAUCAGUUCGGCUUUUCUUCAUCCAAGUACCGCCCUCAUGCUACGGUGUCUGUUCAAGGUGGCUGCAGCAAAAUGCAAAAUGGCUCUGAGCAUCGAGUCCCUCCGAUGAGGUAAACCAUGGAACAACCCAUCAUAUCGUGUUUCACUGCGUUUGUUGCUUCCCUGGCAAUUCAUCCUUGGCUUACUGUGUUUGGACCAAAAAUGGUUUGUUCCGUGUGGGUUGAACUAUGUUUGCUUCUUGGAUAAUCUUUGUCCUGGAUGUGUAUGGUUACAGAAGCUGAACCCACUUCGAUUUAAACCUUCAUGUUGGUUCGUGUUGGUUGUGUACGCUUGAAGUCGCUGAGGAUAGACUGAUAUUGUUCAUGUAGUAAAAUUUCGAUAAAACGAGAUGGAAAAAAUUAGAAAAAAGAAAUAUGUUUAUUAA